CGGGCCGCGCGGCUCCUCUGCCGGUCGCGCCGGACGACGGGCUUCGGGCGGCGGCCGCAGCCGGCAGCGGGCGGACGGGCGGGCGGGCCGAGACGCGGGCCCCGCGCCUGCCGCCUCCCUCCGGGCUCGGGCCCGCGCCAUGGCCGCCUCGCCGGGCUCCGGCAGCGCCAACCCGCGGAAGUUCAGCGAGAAGAUCGCGCUGCACACGCAGCGGCAGGCCGAGGAGACGCGGGCCUUCGAGCAGCUCAUGACCGACCUCACCCUGUCGCGGGUUCAAUUUCAGAAGCUUCAGCAACUGCGCCUGACACAGUACCACGGAGGGUCCUUACCAAACGUGAGCCAGCUGCGGAGCAGUGCAUCGGAGUUUCAGCCGUCAUUUCAUCAAGCGGAUAACGUCCGGGGCACCCGCCACCACGGGCUGGUGGAGCGGCCAGCCCGGAGCCGCUUCCACCCCCUGCACCGAAGGUCCGGGGACAAGCCGGGACGACAGUUUGAUGGUAGCACUUUCGGAGCCAAUUACUCCUCGCAGCCGCUGGAUGAGAGUUGGCCGAGGCAGCAUCCUCCUUGGAAAGAAGAAAAGCACCCCGGGUUCAGGCUGACGUCUGCACUUAACAGGACCAAUUCUGAUUCUGCUCUUCACACGAGUGCUCUGAGCACCAAGCCCCAGGACCCCUAUGGAGGAGGGGGCCCGUCGGCCUGGCCCGCCCCAUACAUGGGUUUCUGUGACGGUGAGAAUGAUGGACACGGGGAAGUAGCGUCUUUCCCUGGCCCGUUGAAAGAAGAGAAUCUGUUAAGUGUUCCAAAGCCACUGCCAAAACAGCUGUGGGAGACCAAGGAGAUCCAGUCCCUGUCCGGGCGCCCUCGAUCCUGCGAUGUCGGAGGUGGCAAUGCUUUUCCACACAAUGGUCAAAACAUAGGCCUCUCGCCCUUUCUGGGGACCCUGAACACUGGAGGGUCAUUGCCAGAUCUAACCAACCUCCACUACUCGGCGCCCCUGCCGGCCUCCCUGGACGCCAGUGACCACGGCUUCGGCAGCAUGAGCGUGGGGAACAGCGUGCGCAACCUCCCGGCUGCUAUGACCCACCUGGGGAUAAGAAGCUCCCCUGGCCUGCAGAGUUCUCGGAGCAACCCCUCCAUCCAGGCCACGCUCAACAAAACGGCGCUGUCCUCCUCCCUGAACAGCCACCCGCAGAUGUCCGCGGCCGGCGCGGCCGCCCUGCACCCCUCGCUCCGCCUGUUCUCCCUGAGCAACCCCUCUCUGUCCACCGCCAGCCUGAGCGGCGCCCCGCGGCGCAGGCAGCCCCCCGUCAGCCCCCUCACGCUCUCCCCCGGCCCCGAGGCCCAGCAAGGCUUCGGCAGACAGCUGUCUGCGAGCAGCCCGAUGAACCCCUACGCCGCCUCCCAGAUGGUGUCCUCAGAUCAAAGCCAGCUUUCCUUCCUGCCCUCGGAAGCUCAGGCCCAGGUGUCCCCGCCGCCGCCAUACCCGGCACCCCCCGAGCUGCCCCAGCCUCUCCUCCAGCAGCCCCGCCAGCAGCCGCCAGCAGCCCCCGCCCAGCAGCCCCCUGCCCAGGAGGCCCGGUCCGACUUCCAGUUCCUCCCGUCCCAGGGCUCGUCUUUGACCAACUUCUUCCUGGACGUGGGCUUUGACCAGCAGUCCGUGAGGCCGGGCCCAGCCUUUCCCCAGCAGGUGCCCCUGGUGCAACAAGGUCACCGAGAACCGCAGGACUCGUUUCAUUUGAGACCAAACCUGUAUUCCAACUGUGGGAAUUUCCCGAACACCAUCCUGCCAGAAGACUCGAGCACCAGCCUGUUCAAGGACCUCAGCAGCGCGCUGGCCGGCAUGCCGGACGUCAGCCUGAGCAUGGACUCCCCGUUCCCGCUGGAGGAGGAGCUGCAGAUCGAGCCCCUGAGCCUGGACGGACUCAACAUGCUAAGCGACUCCAGCAUGGGCCUGCUCGACCCCUCUGUUGAAGAGACAUUUCGAGCUGACCGACUGUGAACAGACUGUGACCAAACCGGAGAAUUGUUUUCUGAAACAGCCAAAAUAGAACGGAAUAGAACGGAGCCGGCUAACACCCCUGGGCUUUAGUUACCCUGACACGGAAGCAACCAGUUCCGCAGCCCCAAGCUUUCAGGCCAGGUCCCAUCUCGGCCGCGGCGGCUUUCUCUAGACCACAGAGCUACGUACUGCCUCUCAGGCCCGUGCCGGAAGGUGCGUCGCUGCGUCAGGCUGCUGCGGAGCUGCCAGCGCCGUCCCCGUGCCGUGACACCUUUCUAUGGGCCAUGUGGACAGCCAGCGCGUGAGAAUAGCAAACGCCCCGUGACCGGGGCCUCGGUGGCGUUGCGCAGUGCUCAGAACCACUGGCCUGCCAGCGCUGCACACGGGACCUGGAGGGGGCGGCCAGAGGGGUGGCCGGGGCCGGCGUAGGGGGCUCGGGUCACGCAGUGCCACCAGACCUGCAGACGCCUUCUCCAGCCUGACCUGGAGGGCGCCGUCCAGCUGGGGUGUCCCGGGGCAGAGAGCGGAGGGCCCGAGCCUGGCUCGCUCAGGUGCCUUGACUAUAAUAUGGAGACGUUUGCCCACAAGUCGGACGGCACGCUCGCGUGAGGCCACCCGAGUGCUGAUUUGUCUCCCGGUUUGUCAUCUUGUUUCUGCUGCUUCACCACACCUUUUCCUUGCGGACGGGAGGGAAAGGAAGACUGUCUUAUCUCGUCACAGAAAGGUUCCCUGGCGACGGAUGGGCCUGAAGAGAGAACGGUGUCCCCUCCUUCUUGGUAGCCAGGGAGGAAAGCAGGGCCGGGCGGGGGGACCGCAGGGGUCUCCCAGGCACAGACAUCUUCCAGACAAGCUCGGGGCAAGGACAAGGCCAGGCCUCCCUCCCUGGGACCGGUGGAGGGAGCCGCUGCGGGCCCUGAGCAGACCCGGCAGCUGAGCUUCCCGGUCCCUCCCCAGAGCUGUUUCUCUGUGGACCAGGAGUGUCAUGUCACCCACUAGACUGUCAGCUCCUUGAGCAGGGACAGUGCCUUAUUCGUCAUCGAACCCCCAGUACCCAACAAGUGCCUGGCGGCAUGCUCUGGUGUGCCAGAGUCCAUGCUGCGUGACUGCGGGUUGAAUGCUUGGAUGGAUGGGUGGAUGGAUGGAUGAGAAUGAAUGAAUGAAUGAACCUGCCCUGCUGUAGGGCAGUCUAAUCUGUAGCUAUCCCCAGUCCCUGCCAGAUCUUCUCAGAGCUUUAGCUUUUCUAACACUUGUGCCUAUGGUUAAGCACGCACUUUAAUACGCUUCUAACAUUGGUGACCAAACUGCGACUCGACUGGGCACCGGUCUCCCCGGGGCCGCGCUCGCGGCACGGAGGGGGACGCCGUCUUCUGAGUGCGCCCACAGCGGCCCCGCGCCAACCGAGGUCCCCCGGUGCUGGGGCGGCGGGGGCCAGGCCCCACCUCGAAAGAUCUUCCCUUUCAGAUCCAUGUCUCACUCUAAAUGGCUUUCGGUAGAGAUUCAUUCUUCCAGGCUGAAGAAAUAGUUUACAGUAAAAUGAAGCCCUAAUUCAUGGAGCCAUCAUUAGUCAUUAAUCCCUUAUCAUGAAACAGUCUGAGCAGAUCUCCUCCCCCGCCUGCCUCCCGGCCCUGGGCCAGGCCUGGGCCCGAGCCCCACGGUCGGGUUUGAGGGGGGCGGAACGCCGGGGGGCUAGGCGAUGCGAAGGCGGGGAGGAGAGCCCGGCGGAGAGAGGAAAGAUGCCGGAACCUUUGCGUGGACAGCCACUGCCCUCUCGGGAUCCCAGGUGUGCCGCCGAGCGUCGCUGGACCGCCCCCGCCCAGAGAAGCAGGUCUGCACGACGAAGGUCUGACCCUGACACAUCCGUCCCUUACCGCAAGAAGAGUCUUUGUCACCGGAUCUGGGCUGGUUAGCCUUUCCAGACCUCGUCCCGCUUUGCUGCUGCCCUCAGAGGCCUUAUCUCUGACCUUCAGGUCACCCCCGCGGCGCACCACUCCCCCUUCCCCUGGAGGCCGAGUGUUCCUGUUUAACAUUUGCCCCAACCUCCAGGGCCGGAUUGUGAAAUCAAACGCCAGUCCUCCCCGCCCGAUUUCUGGCUCAGGAAGGGGCUUCUGGCCUCCCUUUGCAGCCUCGUUCCCAGUCAGACUUUCAGAUCCCUUUGUGCUUGGGAUCUCAGAGGGGGGCGGCUCUUUGUUAAAGUGAAAGGGCCUUUCCCUGCAAUGCUACCCGCCCCCCCCCCAGUGCCGAAAGAAGCCAGCUCCUGUGUCAAAGGCCCCAAAAUCUGAUCUCGCCCUUCAGCAGGGAGCGGUGCUCAUGUUGUAAGAGUUUUAAUUUUUGAAAAAGAGGUUGCAGCAUUAUCCAUGCUUCCCAUAGUGCCUUACCCGUGGGGAUCACCAUGUUGGGGUCCCAGUUCACUCUGCAUGGCAUCCCUGCCUGACAGCAGGAGACCCCAAGACCUACACGAGGCAUUGCCGCCCCGGGGCGUUCUCCAGGGCAUCGUGGGAGCGGAGGCUUGCAGGGGAAGUGGCCUGCUUGGGGAAGUACAGUGAUGACAAUGUGCUUUAGGACGGAAUUAAAUUUGUCCUUAGGCCCUUCAGUCCAAUCUUUUCUUGCAAAAAGGUCUUGGACAUUUUACAACCCACCUUGCCUGGGUGGAAUCAGGGACACGCCAAGGACAGUGUGGCCCUCACCCUUCAGCGGCUGAGCCCGCACUCGUUGCUGCCUUCGUAACAAACCUGCCAGGACCCUCUGCGUCUGAAGGGGCCACACACUUCAGAAUAAACUCUCCUUCGAUACUUGGUUUUGUCACAAGCAAUCGAUCGUCGUACUACUGCCAUUUCCUAGCAGUUACACAGCAUAGAACUGAAAGCCUGUGCGUGUUUCCAUUUUUUCCCCUCCGUGUGGUUGUGGUUUUUAGGACAUAGGGUGUCAGGAGAAAAUUUUCUUGAUCGUGUCAAGAUGAACAUCAGUUCUCCUCCGUCCUGUUGCAUUUCUCCUAAGUCUACUGUACAUCGCCUCAGCUGAGACACUGCACAUCCCAGUCUGUUCGGUACCGACUCCCGUCUGACCCCCGACUCCCGUCUGACCCCCGACUCCCGUCUGACCCCCGACCUGCGCACAGAGGGUCCCAGUGCGCUGUUUCCAUCGCCUGGCGGAUGGGACCAUCGCCGCCGCUAAUCAGACUUCCUGCCAGUGUCCUGACUCCCAGGGCCCCCUGUUAAACAAUAUUUAAGGAGUGGAAUUUGUAUAAAGUAGCCUCCAAGUUUUAUAAUGCAUCAUUUUACAACUUUGAUAAUUAAAAGCAGCACAGUAAGGUUGCA